AUGGCUGCCAAUGCCGGUUUCGGCCUGCUCUUGGAUACGGCGGCGGCGGCGGCGCCGCAGCAGCAGAAGAAACACCUGCUGCGCCCAGCAGCAGCGGCAGCAAGAGCGCCGGCUCAACUCACAAGCAAAGCCAACGGCGAAGCCACGACCAAGAGCGACCUCAAUGACGGCACGUCGUCCUCUGCUUCCUUUAGCCGCUCUUCCUCUUCCCGUGCAUUGCCGACGACGACGUCGGCGAGCUGCUCGUUCCUGCAGCGGUGCUUCUUCUGCCACAGGGAGCUCGCCGACGGCACGGACAUAUACAUCUACAGAGGCGAAAGGGCGUUCUGCAGCGAGGAGUGCCGCAACCGGCAUAUCCUGGCAGAGGUCGAGGUCGACGACGACGACGACUGCGCCUCGGUCGGGGUCGUGGCGGCGGACUGCUCCAGCCAGCUCCGCCAUCAGGCCGUUGCCAGCGGUUUCACGUUCUGA